AAAACAACACCAAACUGGUCUGGGCCUUGUAUUGUUGUCGCUGGCCCCUAACUUUCGAGGCUGAGAGUUGAAACAGCUGUAGGUAACUUCUGGGAAAAUCCGAACUCAACCAAACUAAAAAGGUUUGGCGGCGGCGGCUCAGACCAACCUCUUUUCUGAUUCAAUCUGGGUCCCACCGCCACAACUAAUCACUAUUACCAACCAGUCAGCCAUGGCGUUCUCUCUUUGCCACACUUCUUUCUCACCCUACUACGUGCCCUGAGCUUUCCUCUCUCUCUCUCUCUCUCUCAUCGAAGCAGAACCUGUUGUUUCAAUGGCAGCUUCGAUUUCGAGCUGUUACAGUCCAAUCCAAAACCUUCCCAUUUCAAAAAGCAGGCUUCUUUGGUGUCCUCCUUCCCGUAGCUUCCAUUUCAGGACAGAAAGAAGCGAACUUUUGAGACCGUUGACGCUAGUGGGAGUGAAGGGCAAGAAGGGAAUUUCGACGAGGUGCAAUGUGCUUGGCGAACCAGAGAGUGAGACAGAAGAGAACUAUAAUUCAAGGGAGGACGAGCAGUUCGUGCGGUGGUUUCGGGAGGCGUGGCCGUACCUGUGGGCCCACAGGGGUGCCACAUUCGUUGUCAUCAUUUCCGGUGAAAUUGUCGACAGCCCUUUCUUGAAUCCCAUUCUCAAGGAUAUUGCUUUUCUUCAUCAUCUCGGGAUAAGAUUUGUGAUUGUUCCAGGGACCCAUGUGCAGAUUGACAAGCUUUUGGAAGAGAGAGGAACCGAGCCCAAGUAUCUUGGUCAAUACAGGAUAACUGACAAAGAAGCACUAGCGGCUGCAAUGGAAGCAGCGGGGGGGAUUCGUAUGAUGCUUGAGGCAAAACUUUCUCCUGGGCCCUCCAUAUGUGACAUUCGUCGACAUGGUGACAGUAGUCGUUGGCAUGAAGUUGGUGUUAGUGUUGCCAGUGGCAACUUUCUUGCAGCCAAGAGAAGAGGAGUUGUAAAUGGUGUUGAUUAUGGGGCAACAGGUGAAGUUAAGAAAGUCGAUGUUUCUCGCAUGCGUGAGAGGCUCGAUGCUGGUUGUAUAGUUAUAUUAAGCAACUUGGGCUAUUCCAGCUCUGGAGAAGUUUUAAAUUGCAACACAUAUGAAGUCGCAACAGCUUGUGCAUUAGCUGUUGGAGCGGACAAGCUUAUUUGCAUCAUAGAUGGUCCAAUUCUGAAUGAAAGUGGGCACCUUAUGCGCUUCUUGACUCUUCAAGAAGCAGAUAUGUUGAUCCGUAAACGGGCUCAACAAAGUGAGAUAGCUGCUAACUAUGUGAAAGCUGUUGGAUUCAAUGAUUUCACUUCUCCUGGACUCAAUAAUUCUAAUGGGGCUGUCCCUUCUCCCCAGAAUGGGAAAUUUUUUAGUGAAAGGCAUAAUCCAACCUUUCAUAAUGGUGUUGGUUUUGACAAUGGGAAUGGACUUUGGACUGGUGAGCAAGGAUUUGCUAUUGGAGGUCAUGAGCGGCAAAGUCGAUUAAAUGGUUACCUCUCAGAAUUGGCUGCUGCAGCUUUUGUUUGCCGGGGAGGUGUUCAAAGAGUUCAUUUGUUAGAUGGUACUAAAGGUGGAGUUUUAUUGUUGGAAUUAUUUACAAGAGACGGGUUGGGGACUAUGGUGGCUAGUGACAUGUAUGAAGGAACCCGGAUGGCUAUGGUCCAAGAUCUCUCUGGAAUAAGACAAAUCUUACUGCCUUUGGAAGAAGCUGGAACAUUGGUUCGCCGGACUGAUCAAGAGCUUCUUGAAGCAUUGGAUUCAUUCAUCGUUGUUGAAAGGGAAGGUCAGAUCAUUGCUUGUGCUGCUCUUUUUCCUUUCUUUGAGGAGAAGUGUGGAGAGGUUGCUGCCAUUGCAGUUUCUCCCGAUUGUCGUGGACAAGGACAGGGUGACAAAUUACUUGAUUACGUUGAGAGGAAGGCGGCCUCCCUUGGAUUGGAGAUGCUUUUUCUGCUUACAACCCGAACUGCAGAUUGGUUUGUGAGGCGUGGUUUCUCUGAAUGUUCAUUUGAAUCAAUACCAGAGAAGAAGAGGAGAAAGAUCAAUCUAUCACGUAAAUCCAAGUAUUAUAUGAAGAAGCUGGUACCUGAUACAAGUGGAAUUACUGUUGAUAGGGCAGUCAUUUGAAGUUGCAAUACCACAGUUUGGAAAAUCAUCUAAUCUAUAUUAAGAUCAGAAAGUAUGUCCUAGAUGUCUCACUUCGCUGCAUCAGAUUUUUGGAGUUCAGUUUUGUUAGAUUAGUCUGCCAUCUUGUUAAGGCUUCAAAAAUAGCUACUAGUAUUGGAUAAUACCAGCGUAUGGCUGCUUUGGAGUUUUGGAGUCAUGAGUCUUGUUGUAUUUUAAGUAGUGCAAGAUAUCAGCUUGCUGAUGCUUACUUCAAAGCUGGCAAAUUUUUUAGAUAAUAUAUAGAAAAAGUUGGCUGUAACUGUCUUAAUCAGUUAUUGCAUCCUUCUAAGAUAGGAUUACUUACAAGUUGGUUUACUUUUGGAUGGCACAUAACUGUAAGAUGCUUUGAUGACACAAGAAUAAUGAAUGAUAUGGUGAUUCUUUCUAAAAA